AUGGCUUCCUCUGCUUUAAUUGUUCCGUUAGUCUUUUGGAAUAAGUUGCCAACUGCUCCCGUAACUACUGUCGCUUACAAGGAAGGACACAUUGUUACUGGACUUAAAGACGGUCACAUUUGGAUAUAUCGUUGUAUUAUCAGCGAACAGGGAACUCUUCAGCUACAACAUAAGGUAUUAUGCGUUGGUCAUGAAUCUCCAAUUACCGCUUUAACAAUCGUAAAAGGUCAAACUGACGGCUGUGCCGAAAAUGAUCAUGUAGUGAUCAGCGCCUCGGAAGAUGGUGAUGUUAUUAAGUGGUGUUUGUUGGAUGGAAGGUGUCUUAUGAGCAUUUCUAGAGCUUUUGAUGGAAUUAUCAAAAGUCUAAAGCCUCUAGCCGAGUAUGCUCAGCCAGCAAAAUUUCUUCUCUGUUCUGGAUUUUUAAAUGAGAUCACUAUAUUAAAUUGCACAUCACUAGAGAUUGUGCGAAUUUGGGCUGGUCAUAAUGAUUGGGUGACUUGCACUCCUUUUUAUGAUUCAGAUGCACGUCAAAUUAGAUUGUUAACUUCAAAUUUCAAUGGAAUUUUGAAAAUAUGGACAUUUGAUGAAUCAAAGCAUACAAUUAUAAAAGAAUAUGAUAAUGUUGGAUUAUUAGAUGCACAGGGAGAUAAAAUAUUGGAAUUAAUUAGUAAUCCAUACGAUAUUGGAGUUAUACUAGCAAUAACUAAAAGUUACGUUAUAGUAAGUGCGGAAAUAAUUAACAUAUAUGUAAACUUUGCCAGUAAAAUCAAAGUCAUAACCAUAUUUACAAUCUGUCAUGGGAGGAUGGGUAAUUUUCAACGUAUUCGAAUCCCAAAGGAAGGAAUUCAUUGGGCAAGUGGAAUUUUCUUAUCGAAAAAUCGAGUAUUAUUAUGGAAUCAGAUAGGAGAUGCUUAUCUGUAUUCAAUACCGUCAUACACGGAAAGGAAAUUUCCGCCGGAAAAUGCUCAUUUGCAUAUAAAGCCAGGCCUUAUUCGAAGGUCAUCUCUGCCUAAUUUACAAAAAGUCAACGUUAAUAAAUUACCAAAUUCGCCCCUGUCAAGACCACAGUUACUCGAAUCUGUUUGUUCGGAUAGUGAAAAUAAAGCGAGUCCUGCUGUAACGACUGUAUUUUUAACAUCGUGCAUUGAAGGAAAGUUAUCGAGUUUAUAUUUGGUUACUUUCCGUAAUCAGGCAAGUGGUACCUCAUUUGCAUUCAAGUCAUUAUCACCGGUGAAAGAAUCCGAAAUACAAACACAAUUAUCUGUCAUUUGUCCGUUAAAACAUCAGAAUGAUCAAAUUACAGUCACAACUAUGGUUUAUGAUGAUCAUUUAGCUAUUGGAUAUGAGAAUGGAGAAAUUCACCUUCUACCUAUACCAGUGGCAUUAACACAAUCUGAGGUACCACCGGAUUCAAUAUUAAAAGGUCAUAUUGGUAAGGUUACUUGUUUAUAUACACCUUGUUCACAAAGCUUUGGGAACAAGUAUCUUUUAUCCGGUGGUGAAGAUUGUUCAGUUAGGAUAUGGAGUUUGGAAGAAAAGAAGAAACUUGCUUCUUUCAAGUAUCAUAGUCAAUAUGUUACACAAUUUUUUGAACCUCCAAUUGAUGAGUUACAAAGAAUUAGAAUUAAAGGAUGCGUAUUGUCUGUUGCUAAAGAUAACUCUUUGGCUAUAAUUUCUUUGGAAGAGAUGAGCUGUUUAUAUGUAUUUGGAGGUUAUCAAUAUCCAUUAAAUACAAUCCAAUGGAGAACUUCUGAAGGGUCUAUAGUCUUAUUUUAUAAAGAUGACUCGGCUCAUAUCUGGCAGACACAAACGUCGGAACUUAUUCAAAUAGUUGCUGGUUCGGCUGCAAGAGACAUGUUAAAAGAUCAUUCAUGGAGGACGAGUUCAGUGGAGAAACAAGAAUCAACCACAGACAGAAACAGCAAAGUCAAAACUUUGACAUCUUUUACAGAUAAUUCAGCAAAUGAAGGCACAACGGUUCAGGUUUUUAUAAUAAAUGUUAAACAACUUAUAAAUGAUAUUUAUCAUUAUCAUGUGUCACAAUUUGGUUCAAAACCUAAUAAUUUAAAUGGAUCAAAUGGAAUAAAUGAAGAUUUUGAUGAAAAGCCAUCAACAAUGUCCAAGAUAUUUUCAUGGACAACUGCUGGAGCUUCACAAUCAUCAUCCGUUGCUUCUAUUCCUUCUCCAACCGAAACGGAAACUAAGGCCAUUGACUCCAGUAUCGUUCAAGUCAUAGUAUCUGCUUUGAUGACAUGGGGAAUUGAUAGCUCUCUAGACAAAUUGUGUACAGAGAAAUUAGGUUUAAAAAAACCUUCAAGCCAAGUAACUUUUGGAUUGAGAGGUGCAAAUGGUAAUUUGACAAUUGCUGUUCCUUCUCCUAAUGAUGGCACGGCAGCAUGGAAGAUAUCACAAACGAUGUCAGCGUCACGUUUAUUGUCAAUCAUUGGGCUAAUACGUUCAUUUCUUUCCAUGAAAGGAUUGGAAAAAUAUUCAAGUGAUAUUAUAACACACUAUGGAUCAUUAUUACCAGAACUUGUUGGAGAAAAGUUUUAUCAUUCUUCUCUUGCAUUUCUUGCAAAGUAUUUUCAAGAUCCAGUUGAGGACAUAAGGACAUCAGCAAGGGCGCUUUUUCAAACAACGUUAAAUAAUAUGCCAUCCUCAGAGUUACAAUCAAUCAUUGACUAUUGGAAACAGUUUUUACCAGCAGUCACUUCGCCAGAUAUUUAUACUAAUCAGUAUAUGGCUAGAUCUACUAUAUUGCUUGGAAUGAUUGGGUCGGAUCAUCCAGAGUUUUUAUCAAAAACAGUUGCAAAGAAUAUUGCAUUGUCAUUGAUUUUAUUAUUACAUGAUGAUUCCAAAUUAUCACAUCGAUUAGCCGCACUUGAAUUAUGCGGAAGAGGAUUUUCAACUUGGGAGCCUCAUAUCCUUUAUUUUUUUUUUUUUUCAAUAGAUACGGAAACAAAUGCUGUAACGGUUAAGGCAAUGGCACAAAAAGCCAUAUUUCAAAUAUCAAUAGCUAACACCCCAUUAUGUAUAUCAACAUUAAUAUAUGAUACAAAUAAUUCAAAGAAACCAACAGAAAAUGUGGGAUUUUUAAAAUUAAUAUCACUAUUCAUACGUAGGAAACCAUUAGUUCUACAUGAACAUUUAUCUGGAUUGGUUGAAGCGGUAGUAAAGUCUCUAGAUCCUAACGUACCAAAGAUGAGAGAUAGAGUAUUACAAACCACAACAAGUGUAUUACAUGAUUUAGUUAAAACAUUUCCUUCAAUUGCUUUUCAUGGUGGUUCACAAAAAUUAGCUGUUGGUACACUUGAAGGUGCUUCGAUUAUUUAUGAUUUGAGAACCGCAACUAGGUGGCAUGUAUUAGAAGGACAUACAAAACCAGUUACUGCGUUAACGUUUUCAGGAGAUGGACAAUUAAUUGUAUCUUGUUCAUUGGAAGAAGGCACGGUAAGGGUAUGGAAUCUAAAUCCUGGGCUAUUUGGAAUGAUCGCAGGAUCAUUAACAAAUAGUAAUGGAGGAAAUAGUAAUGGAUCAUCAAGAAUAGAUGUUGCUAAAGGAUUUAAAGCACCUUUAUUAAGUUCUAUUAAACCUUUUAAAACAUUCAGUUUUAAUCUUGGUGAAGAUGCAUAUUUAUCCGUUUCUUCAAUAUUAGAAUUUGUUGAGUUUGAAUGGGUAGCUGAUCGAACUGUAAAAUUUUAUGUUAAGGAUUCAAUAAUGUCAUUUAAUGUAUAA